AUGCCACCAAUACCCUUCCAUCAGCUCAGCGAUGAGCCCCUUUACUGUGAGGCGGUGCAGGACAAGGACGACGACGAAUUUUACUCGGGCUCGGAGGACGAUCACUACGAAGGCCCUCUGCACCGACGCCUGCAUAUCGAGAAGAAGGCUAUUGACUUCUUGUCCGGCAACGUGCCCAUCUUACUAUCCGCAGCUCUCCGCGGGCCUUUCGACAGGAAGCAAUGGAACAACCCAUGGCGGUCAACGCGAGCCGAAUCACAUGCUGAGCCGUCCAAGGCCCAGCCUACCCGAUCGAGACAGACGGCUGCCCCCGAAGAGGACCUCCCUGAUACCCAAGGCACAAGUCUAAAUCCCCUGCCCAGUCCUGAGAUCACGAACCCACCAUCGGCAAGGAAAAAUCCGUAUAUGGACGAACAAGACUACAGUCGCAUCAAAAAUUGGAGAGCAGCAGUUAAGAGCACAUCUGUCUCCAAAGACCCAUUCUGGCAAUCACAGCAGGCCGACAGGGAUGAUGAACCUCCCGCGAGGAAGAGAUCUGCAGAUCCAACGUGGCUGCACAAACGUGACCGGAAGAAGCGAAGGUCUGUCAACCCCAAGGAUUCCACUCCCGGUGACUCCCCGAGUCUUGUAGCAGCUCGAACCAGAGGCAGUCAGACCCGUCAGCUACAUGCCUCUCAGAUGGUCGCUCAAUUCCUGCGAGACUCCUCUCCGCCGGAAGAUGAGCUUGCAACAAAUGGGCGUAUCAGGACGGACUACGCCCCAUCGGAGAACACGACUCCGUCAAGCCGCCGAUACUUCCGAAGACGAGCUGUCUUUGCCGGCCGCUACGCCUACUUCCGAUGCUGCACGCAGUUUCACCAUGGUCUCGACGUCUCCGACAAAAGACAGGUCGGCCCGCCAACGGAGAAAGAUCAUCAAGAGCAAGGCUCGACCACCUAG